GAUAAGAUCAGAUGAUAUGAUAACACGAGCAUUCUGAGCAGUUCAGCAUCAGCAGUAAGUUAUUAGUUUGGUAACGUUAGCUCUUAGAUUUGUGGGUGUUAUUAUUUUUUAUGAUACAUAAAUAAUUAAUUAAAGUUUUUCUUCAAGUGGCUUCCAAAAAUUUGAAUGGAAAAUCCCAGCAAAUUAUAAGUUUUAAAUGUGUACCUACCUUGUGUUAUAAUUAACUUUGAUUAAAACUUUUUAACUGCUUGCUUUUAUCAAUAUAAAGAGAUAAGUUGCUGUAUAUAAGUCAGAUUCAAUCAAAUCUGAAAAUGAGCAGUAUAACUGGAGUUUGCAGGCCAAUUGAUUCCAAAAGAGAGGAAUUCAGAAAAUACCUGGAAAGCUCUGGAGUAAUGGAUGCAAUGACGAAUGCUUUGGUGAUGCUAUACGAGGAGGCUGACAAACCCUCAGACGCUUUGGGAUAUGUAAUCAAGCAGUUAUGCUCGGAACGAGCAGAAAAUGCCGAGCUGGAAAUGCUGCGGCAAGGUGUCGAGUCGCUUCGCAUCAAAGUGCAAACCCUGGAAGAGCAGAGGUCCAAUUUGAAGCAGCGACUCGAAAUCUACGAGCCGUGCGAUCAAGAGGAGAGCGUCGAAAAGGACGGCAACGAAAACAUCCAACUAACCACCUCAUAGACCUCUUCUUCUUACCCAUUACAUCUGUGAUAUUCCAAAAUUAACUUGUGCUUUUGUUCGAAAAUUUUUCUAUUCAGAUUACUUUGUGUUUAUUCGUCAGUUCUUGACAAGGAGAAUUGUCAGUUGUUUUGUUAUUCAAUCUUAUUAUAAUACAAUGAUAUUAUCAUCUUCAAUAAUUAUCUAUUUUAUUUCCGUUCGAACACAAUAAAGUUCCGAAGAUCAGAAUUACUCCAUGAAGAUGUCUUCUUUAUUUUUACAUGUUGCUUGACAACAUCAAAUAUGACAAGUUAAUUUUAUUUUUUUCUUAUUUAUUUUCUAGUCAUUCCAGGUGAAAUGUAUUAUUAAUUUGCUACCAAGAUUCACUAUUUGAUUUCAAUGAAGCCUAAUUCUAAUUUAUUUUAUUUUCUAGUCAUUCCAGGUAAAGUUCAUCAUUAUUUUCAAGUAGAUUUAUUUCAUCGAAACCUUUCAAGCUACUAUUCAUCAUAUCAUUAUUUUCAUCAUACUCAUUAUCAACUCAUUCCUAUAAUAUACUUCAAUACAGGUGGUACAUUAAGUAUUACCGGUACGGUUGUACUUAUGUAAGUUACCGAAUUGAAUUAAUUUUCUAAAGAAAAACUCUUUAUUAUUUUUACUUUUUGAUAAUGAUAUGAGCGCCUAAAGUUGAAAUCUUUGGAAUGAGUUAUUUCAGAAUUGAUAGCAAAAAUCAUUAAAUUUCCAAGCAUAGGAUUCUUCAAGACAUUUUUAUCAAAUAAGGUAUAGAAAUUUUUUUAUUUUUCGUAGUAUAACUUUUAAUAUUUUUUCACUAAAAUUAAUUGAUAUUAUGAUAAAUCAAAUAUGUUAUUCUAAAAGCAAUACAUCAGAGAGAGUAUUUUCAAAGUUUGAUGAAUGAAUUUAUGAAUUUAAUUUAUUUGCUACCAAUUCUAAAAUUACUCAUCCCAAAGGUUUCAGUUUGGGCACUCAUACCGUAUCUGAAAAAUAAAAAAUAAUAAAAAAAAUUUACCUUAGAAAUUUAUUUUAUUUUUGUAACUUGAUAUAAUCAAAAUUGAAAUACUGUAUUUUUAAAAAUGUCACCAUUAAAAAGUUUAGAAAAGCCCGAUACACAGACUUAAUCUGUCCUGCUUUACUCGACUUCAUCAAAUGCAUCAGGUUUGCUGGUAUUCGAAUAAGCAUUUGAACCAAUGAACAGUCGAGUUCAAUUUCUUAGUAGAAAUGAUCGAGAUUGCAUUCAUUUAUGAAGAACUCUUAAUAUAUAUAUAUAUAUAUCAUUUAUUAUUAGUUUGCUUGUACUGAAUAUUAUGAUUUAGUAAUAUGAUUCAUUUGAGUGAGAGUUAUAACCGUAUUUGUAAGUUACGGUACUCUAUUUUUGAAAAGCUUGAGUAAUAAUCUUAGGUUUAUUUUGAUUAAUUUCUAUUUAAGCUUUCGAAUCUCCAAGUCAAGCUUGUUUCAAUUAUGUGAUCCUUGUGUAUUCUGUUAGAAUAUGUUUAUUUUUUAAUUGUAUCUGAUUUGAUGCUAAUUUGAGGAAAACAGUAUAACAUUAUAUAUUGAUAGUGGAGGUUGUUAUUUCUUCAAUGAACUAGAACUAUUCAAGAUUCAUGUCAUUAAAAAAAGUAUAAUUUAUUUCUAUAAUUUCUGGAACCGAAAUUGCAUUUGGAUUGUCGGAAUUGUAUGUUAAAUCAUUUAAAAAAAAUUAUAAGUGGAUCACUUGUAAUAAUCUCUUUUACAUGAAGUUUUCAGUCUUUAUCUUAAUCUAGAUAUAAUACUCAACCUGUGUUGUUCAAAUUUAGAUUAUUAUCAAGUGUUUUAAUUGUUUAUUAAUGUUGUUGAGGUUUUAAUUCUCAACAGAUAUCUUUUUAUUUCUAUCUGUUACCGAAAGAUAUUAGGUAGUUUUAGUUACAAUUGGCGGUCCCCUAGUGAUUUGUUCUUUCUUAUCUAAAUUGAUGAUAAUUAUUCUUAACAUUUGGAACGAUCCGCCCAUAUUAUGCUCUCUAUUAUUCACUGAGUCAGUUCAAAGAAAAAAAAUUUUUUAAUAGGUUAAUUGAACUUCUCUCACAUCAUAAACUUAUUGACUGUCAAAUUUAAUUAUUAUCUUAUUUUCUCGAGGUACUAAAAUGAAUCUAUUUCAUCUGAAUUUAUUGUUUCUUCAAUCUCGUGAAAAUGUGUAGGUAUUUCAGGCAUCAGAUAUCUUUUUUUUUAAAUACUACAAAUACAGCUCAAAUUGUUACAUAAUUGAAUUUUUAGUUUAAUAAAGAAUUUUUUCUGCUUCCGCGUGUUAAAGAUGUCAUUCAAACUUACUCUAAAAACAACUACUUCAUUUAUUUUUGACUUUGGAGCUUCUUAUAAUUAAAAAUACUCUUACCUCAUGGCAUCUUUUUAUAAACGUUUACCGUAAUUGAAUUUGACUAAAUUAUCAAAGUUAAAAGUUAUUGCCAUCGGAAAACAGGGUCUAUAUUCUAAGAUUUGAUAGUUUUGAUUCAUAAUUAGAAAAGAUGACGCAAGUUUUUAAGUGCUAAUAAAAAAAUAGCUCAUGUUAAUUACAACUAUGGAAUAAACUGUUCAAAAUAUCCUAUACAAUGUUUGUCUAAUUUAUUACUGGAACUCAUAAAAUGUUUGUACUGUGUAGUACUACUCAUUUCAAUAUUGUACUGUAUUUUUCAACUUUAUUAUUUGUUUGUAGAGAGCUGAGGUGUAGAGACUAAUUAAUUUUGUAUUACACAAAAGGACAUGAUUUAAUUUCGAGAUGUUAAGUAAGAAAACACUGUACAGUACAUAAGUCGUGUUCUAUUGGCUACUUUUGUAUACUACAAUUUUUCUAGCUCUACUCUCAAUUCCAGAUGCAUAUUAUGUCAAAUUUCCAUGAAUUUAUUUGUCGAAAUAGGCCUACAUAGAUUAAAAGAUAUGCUUCCCAGACCAUAUGAAAAGACCAUCAGAAGCAUUAACGUUUCGCAUAUUCUGCCACUGCUAUAGUAACUUAUUAACAUCUACCAAGCAUAAAACCUAACGUGUUGAGAAAAUAGCUAUCGAUCAUUUUAUGUGCAUUAAGAAUACUUUCCGAUCGUAUCAUAUGUAUUCCAUUGUUGGUGAAUUUGCAAUCUUGUUAUCAAGAUACUUUUUUCGUAUAGCGAUUUUUCCACAGAAUAAUAAUAACUAGAUUCCACUGUAUAAAUUUGACAGAACCAUUACUGUCUAAGGUUAAGUAGUACAAUAUUCUUAUGUAUUCCACAAUCAAAUGUAUUUGUAAAAUUGGACUGUACAGUUGAUGGUUGAAUAAAUAAAUACCGUUGAAUAUUGUUUUUUACCAGCAUAAAUAAUAUUUUUUCAGCUUAAUAAUCAUAGUUUAUAACUCUCUUCAUCUACUACUAAGAUUGAGCUGCUAGUGGUCUUUUGAAAUCAUCAACACAAAACCGGAAAAUUAAUGCCAUUCUCUAGUAAAUUACCUUGUCCAUGAAUUCACUGUAAUUUGUACGUUUUCUUCUCUUAUGAAAUUAAAUAAUGUGGCAGUACCUACAUUACUAAAGAAAAAAAAUAAUUCUGCUGAUAGAAUAGUUUUAGAUUAUGCAUUUAUGCAAUAGUUGAUGGGCAUUUGCAUUUGAAUAGCUAGACCAUGUAGUAUUACACUUUAGUAUGGAGAUGUAGACUCACUUGAAUUUACGAUUACUGAUAAGUCUACUACGGUACGGUACCUAUUAUAUUAGUUUGUUACAGUGUCAAGAUAAAUUACCAUGCUUUGGUUCACCGUUAUUUUCAGUACCGGUAGUUCGUGAAAUAUAAUACGGUACUAUUAUUCUUAUCCUGCUGACCAUAAUCCAAAAAUUUCAAAUUCUGUGUAUCACUAUUAUUUUAUUUUAAAUUUGAAUCUCUAGAAGUGAGUUUUAAAGCAACAUUCUUGAUAAAAUAAAGUUUAAAAAGGGGACUUUUAUAGCUAAGGGGGAAAAAUUUAAAAAUUGUUUUUUUUUUAAUUUUCACGAGUAGCCCUUCCAUAAUAGUCAAAAACUAUUUGUAUAAUAGUGUAUUUUUAGUUCAAUUAUCACCUUCAUUUGAGGUAAUAUUUCAGUAAAGUUUACCAAUAUCGUCAAUUCAAUUAUUUCUAUUUAAAUAUUCUAUUAAAUAUUUCCACUCAUGAUAUAUUUUGAUAUAUUUGAUAAUCGCAGUAUUUCAUCAACUGCUGAGAAUUUCUGUAAAAUAUGUGGUACUGUUCAAGUAGGAAAUGUGUUUCUUGAUGAUAAUCCAUACAAUAAUACUUACAAUUGCAAUUUAUUAAAAAUAAUAAUUGCGUAAUCAAUGUACGGUAUAUACAUAUCUAUAUUUUGCAAUAGUCUAGUUCAUUCUAGUGAUAACAUAAUUUUCAUUGCAUAAUAUUCGUAAAUGGUUUUCUCUAAUCUUCUCAGUCAUUAGAAUAAACUUUCAUCAAAUUCUUUGACCGGUUGAAACUGUUAUUUACUGUAACUGCAAACUACAAUAAAUGCGUUUUUAUUCAAAAAUAAUGAUCUCGUAUCUAUAGUCUAGUUUGUAAUACUAACUUUAAGUAAUUUUGGAGAAAACAUUUGAAUGUGCCUGACACGCUAAAUAAAAAAUAAGAAAUUAAAA